CAAGAUCGACCUCUGUUCCCCCUGUCACCCUCGUUGAUAGCACCCGUAUCACCCGUAACACGACAACCCUUCACAGCUACAAUGAAGUUCCUUGGAUUCUUCGUGGUGUGCCUCACGGCGGUAUCAGGAUUCGUUGCGCCCACCGGCCCCCGCCUCUCGGCCGCCGUGCGUCCCUCGACCGCUGCCACACCCAUGCGCAUGGGCCUCAAGGAGGACGUUCAGAAGGUCGCCAACGCGGCAUCGGUCGCGGUGCUCACCGCCGCGCCUGCCUUGGCCACUGAGGGGACUGGCGAGCCGCUUGGGUUCGAGAACUCGCAGGCUGUGAUCGUUCCGCUGUUCUUCCUCGUCAGCAUCAACCUGCUGUUCAACAACUGGGCAAAGGACCAGCCGGAGGGUGACUUCUUCGCCGAAUACGACGAGAGGAGGUAAAACGGCUCGAACGCACUACUCGCUCCUUUGUUAGAGAAGUGACCACAAUGUUUCUGGAGGAGCGGCACCGGGAAUUUGGCGCGGGAGGGGGGGGGCGGGGUCUUCCUGCCUGCCUCGGGGAGAGCUCCCGUGUUGAUCUGCCCUUCAGUAGGUAGCUUGGGGGCACAAGCCAGAAAGGUCGACUGUCCCCGUACCCAGCAGCUUGUAUUUUUGUCUUUGAUGGUAGACUGGCAAAUCAAAUAUUGUUCUGCAGGGCGGAGAGGGGGGGGCGGGGGGCGGUAUGACAUGGCUCGUUGGUUGAACUAGACACGAUAACGCCGUGCCACCUUUAAAGAAACCGUACGGUCUUCACCGUUUUUUCAGCCUCGGCACGGGGUUGUUGGCGGGCCCGUCGGUAUAUUCGGCGUUGUUGCCCCGUCGCCAACAGCUGUUGGUUGUGUCACAUCCUGGCGACGAUUAGAAGAAGCAGCAGCUUGCAGCAUGUUCGAUUUUGAUGUCGUUUGUUGUUGAUGGCACUGAGUUGCCGUGCCCUUCUUCUCCGUUUUUGUUUGAUUUUUUGGCGUGUGGCCUUUUUUUUGUUUAUUUCGUGGAUUCUGGAAAGUAAAGAUUUCUCGGAACAUGAAACAAGAUCCCCUCCCCGUCCACGUUUUCCUUUUUGUCAACUUUACUGAUGCCGGUCGGGGUUUUACCCAAAAAGCGCAAAAGCGGCCGUUCACCCGUCGGUGUCGCCGCAGAUAUGUUCAGCACGCAACAACCUGAACCUGCAGAGGAGGUUGAUUUCGAGGUGAAUCGGGCGCGUGACGGGCCGCUGAAAAGUCGAACGUCCUCAAACUCGAGGUUUCACGAGCAU